CGCAACCUGUAGACGAGCUUUCUCCCUGUGAACUGAUGACGCGCACAGACGAGCGCUCCUAUUGGUCAGCCGGCUGUGGGGAACUCGUCAGGUAGAACAGCAUGGCUCUAGCAGAAGUUAGUGGAUAUUCGUCCGUAUCCGGAUUUGGACUGUUUUCGAGGCAAGCUCACUUCGUGGACGGACCGAAUCAUUACUCUUUCGGGGUGAAAUCACAAGAAUUUGCCGUUCCUGUUGGAGUUGACCCAUCAACCUUUCUACAGUCAUGCAGCUGUGAGGAUGGCAUAUCAAUUGACAUGAACCAUGGCACCACCACACUGGCUUUCAAGUUUCGCCAUGGCGUCAUCGUGGCAGUUGACUCUAGGGCUUCAGCUGGUAACUACAUAGACACAAAGGAAGCAAAUAAGGUGAUUGAGAUCAACCCUUACCUGCUGGGUACCAUGUCCGGCAGUGCAGCAGACUGUCAGUACUGGGAAAGACUCCUGGCUAAAGAGUGCAGGCUUUACCAGCUACGCAAUGGUCAAAGGAUCUCUGUGUCUGCAGCAUCCAAGCUGCUGUCCAACAUGAUGAUAGGUUAUCGAGGGAUGGGCCUCUCCAUGGGUAGUAUGAUCUGUGGCUGGGACAAGAAGGGUCCAGGUUUGUAUUAUGUUGAUUCCGAAGGUACACGUCUCUCAGGUUGGAUGUUUUCCACGGGCUGUGGGAACAGCUAUGCGUACGGUGUAGUGGAUGCUGGCUACCGUGAAGAUUUGACUGUAGAAGAGGCGUAUGAGCUGGGCCGACGUGGCAUUGCCCACGCCACUCACAGAGAUGCCUACUCUGGUGGAGUGGUCAACCUCUAUCAUAUGCAGGAGGAUGGCUGGAUCAAGGUAUGCAAGGAGGAUGUGUCUGAGCUAAUCCACCGCUACAGAAAAGGAAUGUUCUGAUUCCAGAUCAGUUCUUAUUUAGUCUGAUGUAGAAACAUUGUCAUUGCUCUGUAAAUGGGCCAAAUUAAGUCAGAAAUCAUUUUUAAAUAAAGUUUUUUUAACUGAACACUAAACAAA